AUGGCAUCUGGUUACGGUCUUAGUGGGGGUCCUUCCCGAUGCUUUCCAUUCUGGCAAGAAGUCUUAGCUUGUUACGUCGUCAACACCUCUACAGAGAGUGAUGCAGGAAAGAGGGUGUGCGCGCCGGUCUUAGAGGAUUACUAUGAGUGCCUACAUCACAAGAAGGAGCAUGCGAGAACAAUGGCAAUUCAAGCCGCAUAUCACAAAGCUGAACAAGUAAACCCCCGAGAUGAUGCGCCGAAAGCAGGAGUAGUAAGAAAUCUGGGGUUGCUGGACAAGGAAGAAGAUACCAAGAAAGUGCUGGGAAUGAAGUGA